GGCGCAAUUGUCUUUGCCCUAUUCAUGCUCCUCGUGGACAGUGCCUUUGCCAUCCUCUCCCUUCUCCUUGGCUUCAUCUACCCGGCCUACAAGUCUUUCAAGGCAAUUGAGAGCCAGGAAAAGUCGGAUGAUACCCAGUGGCUCAUUUACUGGACCGUCUUUGCCUUCUUCUGUGUUCUGGAGAUCUUCACUGACUUUAUCCUUUUCUGGUUCCCCUUUUACUACGUCUUCAAGCUCGGCUUCCUGGCCUGGUGCAUGUAUCCCGACCGCCGCAUGAAUGGCUCCAUCAUUGUCUACAACAGCGUGAUCAAGAAAUUUCUGCUCCAGCACGAGUCGGUACGCCCAUCGCUCCAAGAACCCGCAUGUUUUCUUGCGCUCAAGCGGGUCGAUGCAGUCAUUCCUGUCCGACACCGACGCCUCACAUGUGGCUACCCGGUUUGCAGGUGA